UGCAGACGCUGCCGUUGCUAUGGGAACCAGUUGUUUACAAAUAUCACAGGCCGAGUGCUUGUGUGGCAGAGCGGAGAUUGCAUCUGAGUGUUAUUGUGCUACUUUCUUGUAUUUUUUGAAGGCGUGACUGAACUUUCCAUUCUGCACCGAGAAUACAUGUGUUUCUGCAUGUACUAGUAUGUUAAUUAAUAAAGUGAGAUGACGAUGCUGACAGUGGUAAACCGAACCAUGUGUCAAGGAAGAUUUCCCUUGGAGGUCAGAGCUGGUGUCUAAAUCUUAAAGAAAAAUGGUUGAUGAGAAUGAACAGAUACAUCCAACUGAAUUGACAAAGAUUCAAACUGUCCAUAACCUCUAGAAAAUGAAGUAGCGAUGAGUUUCCUGAUAACGGAGAUAGCAACGCGCGAAGCACAAGAAGCGCAGACGAGCCUUUAGACCUACCCCGCACGGCUUCCUUAGAUACCAUGACAUAGAUUCCCCGCGGAUAUCGGACAGGAACAGAAGACGUAACCCGCUCAUUCCGGGUAUCCGCAGCACCCGCAUCCUCGCCACCAUGCCACACACGCCAAGAAAAGCUCUCAAGGUUACCACAGAGAUUGACGUCCAUGCGGUGUCAUGCCCAGGGGUGUGGCUGCCCGGGCGGGGGCGCUGCUCGCUCUCCGUGUGCCUCCUUGGCUUCCACACGCGGACCAACAAGCUGCCGCCGGUCUUCCCGCUCCUCUACCACGAGAAGUUCAAGUUCGAAAGGACGUUCGUGGGCGUGACCAACCUGAGCGUGCUGGAGCGCGUGCUGGAGAGCGAGACGGUGUACCUGGAGCUGGUGCAGGAGGAGACGUCGGGGGAGUCGGUGCUGGCGGUGUUCGAGUCGUCGGUGCGCGACCUCCUGUUCCCGAGGCCGGCGGAGAGGCUGUCGUACUCGGGGGUCGACCUCGACCUGCUCAUGGAACCCACCAGGGACUUCCCGGGAAUCAUUUCGCCCAAGAUCGAGGUGUCGACGAGGACGAGCGUGAGCGAGACCCGGACUCCCCUUCACCAGUGCGAGCAAGACACCGUCAGCUUCGGACACGCGCAGAACCGGGCGACGAAGGCGGUGUUCCGACCGAAGUCUCCUGACGAAGGGAGAAAGGGCGAGGGCGGCGGAUCGAGCGAGGGCGGCGGCGGCAGCAAGCAGUAUGCUCUUUAUAUCCCAAGGAAAUCCAGUCGUAGGAUACACUUUUCAUGCGAGAGCAGCAGGGCCUCCGGGAGACGAGACGAGGGCCCGAGACCCCGCUUCGUGUACCGUCGCCCCGAUGACGAUCUCCUCUCCCGCAUCCCUUCGUCGCCCACCAGGAACAACAAGUACCUUGGUAUCCGCAGUCGGUACCUGUCUCGGAGCACCGGCAACCUUAGCGACCUUCCCCGCACCGCUCUGCCCAGCAGAUACGGCAGCCGCCAAGGGAGGACGGAUUCAGGAGGCCUGGCGAGGACGUCGAGCGAGACGGAAGGAGGCGGGGGAGGCUACACGCACCCGAGGAGGAGGGCCAAGGACGACCUCGGCCACGACGCGCACGUGACCCUCGUCGAGCCAGAGCGCUGUCCCCACUGCGACGGCGAGCACGGGGCUGAGUCCUGCACCACCUGCCGCACCUACCACCGCUACUUCCCCCGGCCGUCACGCCCUCGCGCCCACGCCCACGCAUACCACACCAACAACCCGCAGGCCGCCCUCAAGGUGCUGCGCCAGCCCGGCCGCCGAGACCUGCGUCCGAGGAAGCGCUACCUGGCCGAGAUCGAUGGCGCCCUGCAUGGAGAGGCCCACCGGCACCCCCGCCGAGCGCGGUCCCUCUCGCCGCAGCGCCGCCCCACGUCGGCUCCUCCAGACCGCCUCGACCUCGCCUCCAGCAGGUCACGCAAGGACGACGACGACGACGACCCCUCGGCGGACGAGGACGAGCACGAGUCCAGGUCGCAUUCCCGGUCCAAUUCCCGGUCGCCGUCCCCGCCCGCCAGCCACGCCUCGGCGCCGGCGACCAUGACGCGGCGGAGACAGCGCUCCUACAGACGGCCUCUCACCCCGAGCUUCCGGCGGCGCCACGAGGACUCCGACGACGAACUCUAUGACGAUCUCUACAUCCCCAGGAGGUACUACCACCACCACUACCCCUGGGAGGACUGUCCCCUGUGCUACCCGGACUACCCUUAUCUCCCACGAUACCCACAUCUUGCUCGGUACUACCAUGCCCACGCCCUCCGCCACUCCCACCGCUAG